UCCGUAAUCAUUAUCGUAUUCCAAGAGGGCCAUCCAUUGGUGUGUGUGUGUGUGUGUGUGUGUUCUCAAGACUCAUCUAAAUCCCUUGAUUUGCUGACAGCCUCCUUAUAAAUCCCGAUAAGGAACUAAGGACACCAGGGGACCCAAGACAGAGAAGAUGCAGAGGACAAGGAAAGGAAUAUAAUGCGAAAGAAGUGACAUAUGCCAAGGGCAACGCAGUAAGACAGGCAGCAGCUCGCCUGGCCUGGCCGGGUGGCGUCGUCUGCUGCAAUGUUUACAAACUGACGGGAGGAGGACGAGGCUCGUGAAAUCGCGAUGUUGCAGCGAAGAGAUAUAGACAGUGUGGGCAGUGACGAGGCUGUCAUUGCCACCAAUGACGACGCCAGCUCGUGUAAGAGAUGUGCCGUAGCGCUGGGUUAUUGGCGGGACCGGUACAUCAACUAUUUCGUCAGAUCCACAGACCGCAAGGCUCCAGAAAUCAACCGAGGCUAUUUCGCCCGCUCUGUGGCCAUCAAGAUGCUCGUGGACAAGUUUAUUGAGGUUACAAAUGGCAACUGUCAGAUUGUGAAUAUUGGUGCUGGCUUUGACACACUGUACUGGAGACUAGUGGAUGAAGGCAAGACAGUUAAGGGUUUUGUGGAGUUUGACUUCCCAGGUGUGACAUCCCGCAAGUGUCUCUACAUACAGCGCACCAAACAGCUGCUCCAAGCUGUCAGUGAUGAGGACUAUGAUGUGAAGCUCAAUCGUAACAAUCUUCAUGGCCACACCUAUAAGUUGACUGGAGUGGACUUGCGUAACCUGACGGAUGUGGAGGCCAAGGUGAAGGAGUCUGACCUACAGUACUCACUCCCCACACUGUUCCUGGCUGAGUGUGUUCUUGUCUACAUAUCCAUACAGAAGUCCUCACAGCUUCUCAAAUGGAUUGCUGAGAAGUUCAAGUCUGCACUCUUUAUCAACUAUGAGAUGGUGAAUCUUGGGGACAGAUUUGGAGAGGUAAUGCUGAGUAACUUGCGUUCCCGAGGAUGUGAUCUUGCAGGAUCUGAGGCCUGUCAGAGUACUGAGACGCAGCGCAGAAGGUUCCUGGACAAUGGAUGGGCGGGAGCUGACUCAUAUGACAUGAUGGGCGUGUGGGCCCGCCUUCCUCCAGAGGAGAUUGCACGUGUGACCCAGAUUGAACUACUGGAUGAGCAAGAGUUACUUCAUCAGCUGUUCACUCACUAUGCCAUCACCACAGCCUGGACAGAUCAUCGCUGGUCAGAGGUGCAGCUGUAGCGGGAGUGUGUCUUCAUCCUCCUCUGCAAACUGUCUGGAGAGUCCCUUGUUUGUGGUGGCUGGCCAGAGCUUGUGGUGUGUGUAACCCUAAGGCAGGACACAUCCCCCUGGCUUAGCCUGGUCUGGCCUGCCCCCUCCCUUCCACACUUGCCUUGUGAGUCUCUUGCACUUUGGGAUGACACCACCAGAAGCACACAUCUUCACCACCACCACCAGUAACACUUUAUUGGUGUCAGGCACAUCAGCUCUUUCACACACACAUCAGCAACCCAAGUUUUGCUCCCCCAGUUCUAUGAGACAUUGGUCUGCUGCAAGCAGCCUACUUAACUGUUCUCAAACAGUUGUUGUGGAGAGCUGCCCAUGAGUUUGAGAUAUAGCUACCUGGUUGUGCUUAUAAAAUCUAGCUAGAAUUCUGUGUUCAUGCUGCUGGUGCUGUGCUCUCUCUGGCCUUGUUGUCUUGCAGCUCAGGCAAAGGUGGCUUCCAGCAGCAGCCUUUAGAAAAAAAAAAAAUGUGGAAUACAGUAUUUAUAAGAUGGAGAGGCAGCUGAGUGGUAACAGUACCUGUGCAAGGUGCUACACUAGGUUGUGAGAGCCAGUAGUGAGAGUUUGUACUUCACUUUUCAUUUAUUUGCUUUCAUAAGUUGUAAUGUUUGGAUUCCAACUAAACAUUUGAUUUGCAUUUAGAGGCAUUCCAUCACAGGGCAGUUGAUUACAGGUGCCUCUAUGGUGAGUGUUAAAGGGCUUCUCCCUCCACACCCUCAUCUUCAUGGUGAUCAGCCCUGUGUCAUAAUUUUUACCUCCCAUUCAAGAUUAUUUGUCUUUCCUGUAAUGCUAAUUUUUAAAAUUAUCAUUAUUAUUUUAGGUUGGGGCACUACUGGCUCCUUUAGUACUGACUGGUUGGUAAGAGACAAUAAUGGUAUAUAUUAAAAGUAUAAGAACUCUAAGGUUUUCAAGUGAUAUACAUAUAAAUAUAUAAAUAUAUAGUAUAUAUAUAAAAUAUAUAGCCUCUAUGGAGCUUUAUUAUUCUUAUGGAUAAAACUAAGUGUUUAUUUUUACUACAAAAAAUAAUUUCCUCAACAGUCAGAUAUUCCUUUGUUUAUUUGUUGCUUGUAGUGAGUGAGGUGUGCUGGGCCAGCUCCCUGUCUGACACAUUGAAGCUCAUGAGCACAGGGCUGGCUUUUGGUCUUAUAUGCAGCUGCCUGGGGUGCCAUUAUCUGGAGGAGGGCAUCCUCAGUCUGGUAAUGGGGUAAUGUGAUGGAUCAUGACAAAAAUUGGUUGGAGGAGGCCUACUAAAUCCUGAUCUUGUCUAUGGCAUCAAAAUAGCAAGAGUUGGCCCUGCAUGAACACCAGGAGUCACUGUACUCUGGGAUUGAUGUGUCCUCAGUGUUUAAAAAUGUAGUUUCCAGUGUUUUCAGUGUCAUAUACCAUUGUGUUCUUUUGUAGAAAGUUGGGUGAAGGGAAGCAAUAGGUAUAAGUUUGUUGAUGAAUUUUAAUUGUGGCUUGUGAUACUAUUUCUCCCAUUUUAGAAAGUGAUAACUACUUAUGUUUCUUAAUUCACAGAUAUCCAUACUGGAAUAUACCCAGUUAGAUGGCUCUCAGUGGUCUCUGUUGUUGGAUAUUUCAUUCCAGGUAGCUGUUUUUUCUAUGUAAGUGAAAAGACAGGCAAGCCAGAACAGUGACCCAGAGCCAGUGUAAACACAUGGGUCACAGUACUUCCAUCACCUAGAAAACUGUCUUAUCUGUUAUUGGCUCCACUACAUGUUUCUUGUCACCCAUCCACAACUCUGUGUACUCAACUCAUGCAUUAUGUUGUGGUUUCUCAAAUGUCUUAUGUUGCUGUGCUGGUGUCAUGAAGCAAUUUGUUCUCACUGUUAAGGUUUAAGUCAGGCAGUGAUGUGCUUAGUGGCAUCACAGCCUGCAGGCUGGUGUUUUGUAUGAUGUUGAAUUGUUUGCCUUUGUUGAUGAGGGAAUCCAAAGUCAAUGUUAAUCUUCCAAGUGGAGUGAACUGUCUGAAAUCUAUUUUAUGUAGAGUUCCAUGACUGCAUUUCUGUUUCUCUUGUCAGUCUUGCUGCAACUGCAAGUGAAUGUGCUCAUGCUUCUCCAGUAUUUUGAAUUAGGUCUAUCUUUCUGUACUUAUUAUGUAUAGAGUAAAUAUGUAAAGCAGUAUGUACACUUGACUACUUAUUGGCACAGUGACUUUUCAGCAUGUAAAAUGGAAUUAAUUUGGCUGUACUACUUAGUGGGAAUAAGUGCAUCACUGUCUCACCCAACUAAUUGACAUAAAACAGGAAUGACUUUGAGGCUUCCAUGGAGUGUUUGGAUGUCACCAGUCUGAACAGCAUUCAUUCACAUGAGGCUACAGUGAUAAUUCCUUUACUAUUGAAUGUCUUGGUGGAUUUUGAUGUGGUCAGCUCCAAUGCCAUAAUGUGCGUCCCUUCCCUCCCCUCCCUGAUGAGGUAAUGCACCUCUGUACUUGUUUCAUAAUUUUUGUAUGAUCCGGGAUAAAGGCAUUAUGGAUGUUUGUUGAAAUAAAAACUCUUGAAAGUUCACUUGA